AUGAAGAAUCUGUUCAAUACAAUCGACGCAGCUGGAACAGGGUAUGUUACUAUGUAUAACUUUUUUAAACAUAUCUCAGACGAAAUCAGUCAAGAGGACGUCGAGCCACUCAUUCUUCUUUUCAAACUGACAGACAAAGAUGAAGACGGUAAACUCAAUUUUACUGAGUUCAGCAGAUUGACGGAGAUCUUACAAGAAAUCAACGACCAAAAUCACACGAGUGUAUAUACGGCACUCUUCCACCUCCUUGACACAGAAAACAAGGGGUUUCUUGAUGAAAUUGAGAUCAAUAAAUUGUACCAUGCUUUGGGGUAUUCAGACGAGUAUGAUGCGACUUUUAAAGUAAAAAAAAUGGACUUGGACGGGGAUGGAAAAAUUGGGCUCCACGACUUCUUGUCUAUUGUUUGCUAA